AUGAAGAGCGAUACCGCCGACGAACUCAGUCGAAUUUACAACGCUGCUACCAGCGCCGUGAACGGCCAAAAGAGCAUCGGAAGGCCUAUUCACUUCCACGGCCUCGAUCUCUUCAACCACCUUGUUGUACAGCUCUUCGAUCCGAAAACCCGCCUCGAGUGGGAAUCGCAUUCAAGCGAUUCGACAGAUCCACCUGAUUACGACGCCUUGAUAGAUUUCAUCACCAAACGGACAUUGACACUCAACGCCGCGAAACCAAAGCUUACGAAAGUCCCCGGAGACUCGCCGCGAACCGACUCGCCGCGAACCGCGAAGUCACACUUCACCAAACGCUCCGACGUGGCAGCGUGCAUUCUGUGCAAGGAUAAGCACAACCUAAUGAUGUGCGAUAAGUUUAAGGAAAAAUCCGCCGCCGAACGCAAGACUGUUCUCGACACCAUGCUCCACGAAGCUUACGUCAAGCAGAACCCAGCCGAAGCAAGUACAUUGUCCGCAGCACGUCACGACGACGACCGCAAGGCUACCCUUCUCGCGACCGCGAGGGUAUCCAUCGCCGACCAUCACGGAGAGUCACAUGCCGCUCGCGCUCUGAUUGACCAGGGAUCAGAGGUGUCGUUGAUCUCUGAAGCGCUAGUCCAACGCCUGCGCUUGACGCGAUCUCGAUCCUCACUCGCUAUCUCGGGCAUCGGAGGAACUCGCUCUGGAUCAUGCAGGGGAAAGGUGACUCUUCAUCUUACCUCUCUGGUGAACGGGGCCACGUUCAACAUAGUCGCAUUCGUUCUCCCCCGUCUCUCGCUCUACCAAGGGGCGAGGACGACGCGCAACAUCACGCUCUGGCCGCAUGUGGAAGGACUCCAACUGGCCGAUCCGCACUUCACGGCUAACGAUCCAAUCGAGCUGCUUCUCGGAGCGGAAGCAUGGUCUAUCAUACUUCUGGAGGACCUACGCAAAGGAGAUCCUCAGACGCCUGUCGCUCAGAAUACUCUCCUCGGAUGGAUCCUCUCCGGAGGCUGCGACGACACGCAGUCCGCACCGGUCACACGCAGCUACCACUGCACGGCCGACGAAGAGCUGGCCGCCGUGGUCCGUCUCUUCUGGGAACAGGAGAAGGAGGUCUCUUGUCCCACCGCUCUCACUGCAGACGAACAGCUGUGUGAGAAUAUCUUCAUGCAGACCCACGAGCGCACAGCUUCCGGACGCUACAUGGUUCAGUUGCCGUUCCGCUCACCGCCGACGACUCUUGCUGACACUCGCAAGGCAGCAGAACGUCUACUCUCUGCCAUGGCUCGCAAGAGCUCUCUCGACACUCGAUUCGGGGAGCUGUACCACGCCUUUAUGCGAGAAUAUGAGGAUCUACAUCACAUGGACCUUGCACCCGCCUCAGCUUCUUCCGCUACAAGCUGCUACUUACCACACCAUGGAGUGCUCCGAGAGUCAAGCGUCACCACAAAACUCAGAGUGGUCUUUAACGGCUCUCAACGCACACGAUUUGGUGAGUCCCUCAACUCCCACUUGCUCAUCGGAGCAAAUUUAUUGCCGGCGCUCGCUGACUUGCUACAGCGGUGGCGAUGGUAUCAGUACGCACUCGUGACGGACAUUGAAAAAAUGUACCGCCAGAUCCUCGUCUUCCCUCGCCACCGUGACUAUCAGCGAAUUCUUUGGCGACACUCACCCUCCGAUCCAAUUCGCAAAUAUCGGUUAAAUACGGUGACCUACGGGCUCGCGUGUGCGCCCUUUCUCGCUAUCCGCACUCUUCGCCAACUCGCCGACGAUGAAGAACUAAGCUUCCCGCGCGGGUCCGCCGCGUUGCGCCGCGAUUGCUACGUUGACGACAUCGUUACGGGAGCAAAUUCACUGCCGGACGCGAUUGCACUACAAGCGGAACUACGGCAACUAUGCACGGCGGGCGGGUUUCCCUUACGAAAAUGGGCCGCGAACUGCCGCGAAGCACUAGCAGGGAUCCCGCCGGAACACUGCCUCACUAAGGAACCGCACCAAUGGACGCACGAAAGUCACUCAACACUGGGGUUGCACUGGCAUCCAAACGACGACGUGUUCACGUUCUCGAUUCCGCCGCGCACUAUCACCGCGUACACGAAGAGACGCGUUCUUGCGGAAACAGCUCGUCUCUUUGAUCCGCUCGGAUGGAUCACUCCAGUUACAACGAAAAGCAAUGGAGACUCCUCUUUGAGGAGCUCCCACAGCUCGAACAGUUGCGAAUCAACCGAUGGUUGGACAGCGGCGUUGAACACACACAAGUUGAAUUGCACGGCUUCGCCGACGCGUCCGAACGAGGAUACGCCGCCGCAGUCUAUCUCCGAAUCACCAAAGGCGACGAGAUUAAAAUUCACUUGUUGGCGGCAGAGCAAGGUCGCACCAAUCAAGCCGAUCUCGCUGCCGCGACUGGAGCUUUGCGCCGCCGCUCUGCUCACAAGUCUAAUGAAACAUACUCGAAAUGUUCUCAGUCUGUCUGCAGCACCCAUCACAAUGUGGUCAGAUUCCAAGGUCACGCUACACUGGAUCCUGGGUCACGCUUCUCGGUGGAAAACAUAUAUGGCCAACCGCGUAUCCAACAUCCAAGAACUGCUUCCCGAUGCGCAGUGGCGUCACGUCCCGGGAAAGGAAAAUCCAGCCGACUGCGCGUCCAGGGGAAUCUCGCCCAGCGACCUUGUAGGUCACCCGCUCUGGUGGUCGGGACCCGCCUGGCUUCGAAAGACUUCGGCGGACUGGCCAAAAACGGACAUCAAAAUCGCCACUGAGGAACUGCCCGAGCAGAGAGCCUCCGCCCUCACCACCACCGCUUCAAAAAUCACAGAACCUGAGCAUCUCCUCAGAUUCUCGUCGCUACAUCGGCUCCUGAAAGUCACCGCCUGGUGCCUUCGCUGGCGACGCCCGCGAGAUAAGGGCACCAUCUCCAAGACGCCCAGGUCGGUUUUGAGCCCCGACGAGCUCGAUCGGGCGCUGUUUCGGUGGCUUCACGUGGUGCAGUCUCUGCACUAUCCCGCAGAGAUUUCUUCUGUUACAGGCAACAGCACACUUCCUCACCAGAGCCAGCUAAGAACACUGAGCCCUUUCAUGGACGGAAACGGAGUGCUCAGGGUUGGGGGCCGCCUCAAGCACGCGGUGCUUUCGGUCGACGAACGGCACCCAAUGAUAGUGCCUCCACUUUCAUGGCUCACGCGAUUGCUAGUGGAGUCAUGCCAUCGCCGCACUCUUUACGGAGGAGUCCAACUGACAAUGGGGAUGCUUCGGCUCCGCUUCUGGAUACCAAAAGGUCGGGCAACCGUAAAAAGGUGGCUACAUCGAUGCGCCACAUGCACGCGCUGGAAAGCCGUCACGCCGCAGCCUCCAAUGGGCGAUCUUCCUAAGGUGAGAGUAACCCCUGCACGACCGUUCCUGCGAACCGGCCUCGAUUACGCAGGGCCCAUCCUCGUCCGCACAUCCAAAGGGCGAGGGCACCGAGCAUACAAGGCAUUCAUUGCAAUCUUUGUGUGUCUCUGCACCAAAGCAGUGCACAUCGAAGCCGUCUCCGACUACACGACGGAGGCGUUCCUAGCCGCUCUCCGCCGCUUUACUUCCCGCCGAGGCCUCUGUUCGGAUAUCUUUUCCGACUACGGAACAAAUUUUGUUGGAGCUGACAAGCAGCUGAGGGAAAUGCUGCGCGCUUCAUCGCCCGAUGGUCGCCGCAUAGCCUCCACCGCCGCAAAACAAGGAAUCCGGUGGCAUUUCAACCCACCAUCCGCACCUCAUUUUGGGGGUCUCUGGGAAGCGGCGGUGAAAUCCACCAAAUAUCACUUCCGGCGAGUCAUCGGCGACACCAAGCUCACGUUUGAGGAGAUGAGCACUCUCCUUGCUCAGAUAGAGGCGUGCCUCAACUCCCGACCACUGCGGGCUCUCUCCGACGAUCCUGAUGAUCUCUCCGCUCUGACGCCAGGACACCUGCUUAUCGGCGCACCACUGCUGGCCAUCCCGGAGUCGCAACUAAUUGAGAGAACGGACAGCUCCCUCUCCCGGUGGCAGCAUCUCCAAAAGAUGCGCGAUCACUUUUGGCAAAGGUGGUCGCGCGAAUACAUUCACGCUCUGGCAACUCGGCCGAAAUGGACUCGACCGAGCAUCCAACCACACGUCGGAUCUCUCUGCAUCAUCCGUUCAGAGAACAUGCCGCCAACGCGAUGGCCUCUGGGUCGGAUCACCGAGCUGCACCCAGGAGAGGACGACGUGACCCGCGUGGUGACUGUCCGCACCACCUCCUCCGAGCUCGUCCGGCCGCUCGUUAAAUUGAUAUUGUUUUCUCCCGACGACAUUGUGUCGCCCGGGGAUACGUGA